AUGGUCACAGAGAACGCAGCGCAGAUUCCACGGAUUGUAGAUCUGGACGGUCACAGGCAGCUACAUGUUGGAGGGAAACCUUUUCUUAUCCUGGGUGGUGAGUUGCAAAACUCGUCAUUUACAAGCGCCGAGUACAUGAGGCCAGUCUGGCAACGCCUGAUCGACAGCCACAUGAACACGGUGCUAGGAUGUGUUACUUGGGAACUCAUUGAACCUGUCGAGGGUGAAUUCGAGUUCAGGGAGCUCGAUUUGAUUAUUCAAGAUGCCCGGGAGCAUGGCUUGCAUCUGAUACUACUUUGGUUUGGUGCAUUCAAAAAUGGUAAAUCGACCUAUGUACCUCGAUGGAUCAAGCUGGACUCGGAUCGUUUCCCACGCGCAAAGAUCUUCGACGGAAGUACAACGAAGACCACCGAAGUCCUCUCACUAUUUUCCCCCGAAGCAUGCAUUUCAGACGCUAGAGCCUUCGAGAAGCUCAUGUCACACAUCAAGGAGAUUGAUGAGGCGCAUUCAACCAUCAUCAUGGUACAGGUGGAAAAUGAGGUCGGGCUGCUGGGUGAUUCACGAGAUCGAUCGGAGGCUGCCGACAAAGCCUUCGCCCAGCCUGUUCCCCGUGAGUUGAUCGAUUAUCUAAAGACCAACUGGGCUUCUUUGCAUCCUGACCUCCGAUCCAAUCUUGCUGGCGCGGAGCCGGCCCUUUUUGCCAGGACAACUGGUUCCGAACGCGGAUGGUCCCAGCUUUUUGGGCAGAGUGCUUCCACGGAGGAGAUAUUCAUGUCGUACCACUAUGCGCUAUACGUGAACAAGGUCGCAGCUCUUGGUAGGACAGCAUAUCCUCUACCGCUGUUUACAAACGUGUGGCAGAAUUAUGCCGAAGGAGGAUCCUCUAGUGUAUCGACUGUUGCAGCCGGAGGGGGUUCACCUGGCGAUUAUCCAUCGGGCGGCGGGACAAGCAACGUCCUAGACAUCUGGCACCGAUUCGCGCCCAACCUAGACUUCAUCGCUCCCGACAUAUACCUCAACGAUUACCACAAGACGUGCGAAAAGUACAGACACAGUGGCCAACCUCUCUUUAUCCCCGAGCAGCGCAGAGACGGCGUUGGUGCCCGGUCGAGUUGGAUUGCGAUAGGAUCGUUUGCGGCAAUGGGGAUCAGUCCGUUUGGAAUCGACACCUUGGAAGCGCAGGACAACGAAUAUGCCAAACACUAUGCCUUGAUGGCCUCCACGUCUGCGCUCAUCCUCGAGGCACAGCUCCGACCGGCUUCUUCUGUUGGCUUCUACUUUCCACCGCCGCAACCCGCUGGAGGACGAGACACGUAUCAGCCUUUGGUCAAGCAGUGGGACGAUUACGAAUUCACCAUUGAGAGGGCCUUUGUCUUUGGGCACCCAGGUCCCGCCGCCGGCAUGGUAAUCCAUCAAGGCGGCCCCAACUUGCUUCUCCUUGGCUGGGGUUUCCAGGUGCGCGCGCGAUCCCUCGCUAUCGCCAGCACGUUCACAGGUAUUGUGCGAUUUGAAGAGAAGGAGGUGGUGGAUAAAGUUACAGGAGUCCUCAGGACCCUCCGUAGUUUGAACGGGGAUGAGACGCGCAGUGGCCAAUUCGCAAUCAUGCCCAACAAGGAUCCCGACUAUGGCGGCUUUCCGAUAGCAGUGACGAUUCCUGCACGUACUGGAAUUGCGGAAGUCGAGUUUUACUCAUUGGUGUCUUGA